AAGUGCCGCUGUUUGCUCUUGCUGGCGAGCCGCCGCUUCUAUCGUUUUCUCGCUCUCGAACCGUUCGGACGUGUCGCUCUCCGUGCGAGGGCGUGUGUGUGCGAAUAAAUAUAUCGAGGAAAAAGCUCGCACGUGCGACGCUUGCAAAAAAAAAAAAGAAAUAUAAGUAAUACAUAGAUAUAUUGCGAGGAGAGGGGCCCUGCAGGCCAGAAUCCAAAUAAAUAUUCAAUAACGAGUGCAAAAAUAAUUUGCAAGCGCAAAAAAAGAUUUAUAAAUAGUGCAACAACAACAACAACAACGGCAGCGGCAGCAACAAAUAAAAGAAUUUGUCAGGCGGCGUUUGUUUUUGUUCUCCCCUCUCUCUUUCUCUCGCGCGCCCGCUCUCUGUCGCACUCGCUGUCUGCUCUUCUCCUUCUCCGUCUCUGUCUGCCGGCCUUCGUCGCGUGUGUGCGUGUGUCUCCGCGUAUCCGUGUGCCUGUUUUGCACGUGUGUGUCUGUGUGUGUCGUCUGUGCAGCGCAAAGAUAAAAAAGUUGAGAAAUUGAGAUAUACGAAAUGAAAUACAAAAAUUCAGCUUAAGAAAUUGCGCCGAAGAGAAAUUAAUUUAUGGCGAAAAUUUAAUAAUAAGUGCAGGGCACAGGAAAAGUGCGCACAAGUCUUAUAUAUAUUACAGCCGACAAAAGCCGGCCGAUAUAUAUAUGUAUAUAUAUAUCUUUAUAUGUAUUUUCUAUAAAUACAACUGAAAUAAUAUCGAAAUAUUCUAAACACGCGACAAAAAAGUAAGGCAAGUAAGCCAAGAUAAAUCCUGUGCAUGUGUUUGUGCGCAAGCCAAAAUGCCGUCGGCAAAAUGCUAAAUGCUAAAUGCAAAAUAAAUUAGUUAAACUUGCUGACAACAAAUGUGCCAAAUUGUUAAGUGAGAAGUUUAGACAGAAAAGUGGAAAUAAAGGUCACCUUUAGAGGGUUAAGCAAAGCAUCUUCGUGAAAAUGUUGCAUCCCUAAAGGAUAGUUAAUCACGCAGAUCACGAAACUAUAUCCGAAUAUAUCGUUUAAAAGUCAAGAAGGCCUCGACAUUAUCAAAAUGGAUUUCUAGUACAGCCAAUCGGAAUUUGGUUAGUCUAAAGUAUCGCCGACAAAAUGACCGAAUACGUAACGUCCAUGAUCAGCACCGUCUUGAAGAAAUACCAGACGAGUGCCACGAAAUCGCUGCAGGGACCAGGACACGCACUAACAACCGCCGGUGUCCUGGACAUUGCCACCAAUGGACGAAGUGAGAGUCCUGGCCUGGGCCUGUCCAAUGGAAAGUGUCAGGCAUCUCCGCCAGGUGUUGCUCUUAUAAAAAAGGAAAUACUCAGUUCACCGGAACCCCAGGAACUCCAUCACCAUGAGUGCUCAUCGCGGGGCACGCCACCACAGAUAUAUCCACCUGCCACACCGCCUCGGGAACUCUCACAACCCAUCCUAUCGGUAGCGGAUUCGGGAUGUGGAGAACUUUAUGAGACAAAAUUGGAGGGAAAGACCAUUGGAUGCUUUUCCGUGGGCGGGGAAAUGAGACUUUGUCUGCCCCAAUUUCUCAACAAUGUCCUCAAUGACUUCUCCCUCGAGCAGAUCAACAGGAUCUUCGAUGAACUGGGCAUAUACUGCUCGCAGUGCACGCCCGAUCAGCUGGUAGAGUUCAAGGCCGCCAAGAUCCUGCCUUCGGAUGUGAAAGCCAGUGGCCUGAUCACCAGAACCGAUGCCGAGCGCCUCUGUGCAGCGCUGCUCCAUCGUUCGGAUCGGAAUAGCUAUGUGCCGAUCGAGAGUUUGGCCAAGGGAGCCCUGAGCUUCCAUGUGUAUCACAAGUGCUUUGGCAAGUGCGAGGGCAUCUGCACUCCGGACAUGUACUCGUAUCAGAAACCGACUUGCAUCAAGUGCCUCGAGUGCGACGGCUGGUUCUCGCCCCAGAAGUUCGUGGGUCAUGUCCAUCGGAAGUUCGAGAACCAGACCUGCCACUGGGGCUUCGAUUCGCGCAACUGGCAUGACUAUCUUCAUGUGGCGUUGGAUGUGGAGAAUCGCGAGAAGUACCAGAUCGUCCUGGAUGAGCUGAAGGAGGUGGAGCUGAAGGAGAUGCAAAAGGCCCAACGGGAAUUGGAUCACAAAAAACGAAAGGCGGAAAUGCUCAUGGAUGACGGUCUUUUGAGUUCGGGAUAUGUUCUUGGAUUGGCGGGACAUCCUCAUGGACUGGUGGGCGCCUUGGCCCCGCCACCGCCACCGCCUAUGAAGCAGCCGCAGAUGGACAUUCCCAGUGGCAAGAAGCAGCUGCAGCAGCUCAAGGGGGCGUCGACGGCUGCCACAUCCACGUUCGAUUAUCAAUAUCAGCUCAUGUAUGCGCACUGUGUGCAGAGGGAGCGGGAAAGGGAAAGGGAGCGAGAACACCUGCCGCACUCGCACCCAAUGCCCCACCAGCAUCGAGCAGUUCUGGUGGCCGCCGCACCCCAUCCGCAUGCACCGCAUCUUCACCCACCACCUACGCUGAACUCCUCGUCGGCCUUCCGACCUUGGGGACCCAACACCACCAAGGCAUUUCUGCACGCCUACCCGUUGUCUACGCUACCCUAUGCCUGCCAGGAACCACCCGAGCUUCAGAAUCCGGAGCGCGUAGUGCGAAGUACAGACAAAAGAUACGCGGAGAGGACGUACCAACCGAAUGUGGCCUUGGCACCCCGAAAGAGUAUACUCUCCAAGGAGAGGGACAAGGACAGGGAGCGGCUGGAAAGGGAGUUGUUGGAACGUCAGAGAUUAAGGGAGAAGGAGACGGAUCACCAGGUGGUGCACAUCAAGCAGGAGAGAUCACAGACACCGACACCACCCACAGCAUCGUCGCCCGAGGGUGUGGCAGCCCCUCUGGAUGUCGUUGAACCGCCACACACCUCCUCGAGUGGCAGCAAUUCACCACUACCCGCCCACCUGCCCGCAGCACUAGCAAGUGCGCCCCGUGCCGCCGGUGCACCGCCAACACCAACUAACCUUCGAAACAUGCGAAGUCCGGAGGAGUUUUCGGCGGGCGGCAGCAAUGAGAUUACCUCGUCCACCUCACCACACCAUCAGCAGUCGUCGCACCACCAGGUGGGGCAGCAGUCGUCAGGAGCUCAACCACCGUCGCAGCACAUCAUAGCCACCGUUAAUCAGCAUGCCAAACUUUUGCCCAGCUCUAGUUCCCUGCCAAACGGCAAUGGCAGUUCGACGCUAGCGGCCACGAACAACGAACCAAGUCGGAUUAGGAUCAACAAGAACCUGAUGAGUCAGCAGCCGGUGGUUGCGGUAACCGGCAUUGCCCCACAUCACCACCAGCACCACUCAACGCACAUGCAUCACUUUAGCCAUGGGUACUACAAGAGCCAGGCCUCUUCGCCCACCCAAUCCUCCAGUGCUGGCCUGAAUCUGAGUACGCACUCAUCGAAUGUGGUCAGUUCGCCCCAUCAUGCGAACCAACAGAAGUCCCAGCACAGUUCGGCAGGAUCUGGGAAUCAUAGCCUGCCAAAUGGUAAACCUCAUUUGGGCAGUGAGUUUGAGCUGUCCACGGACACAGAUGAUACGGACAGUCUGAACGGCGAACCCGACUCGAGUGCCAUGUUACCACCCUGGGAGCAGGCUGUGGAGUCUCUGAGAGAAACCCGACCCAGAGACCGGGAGAGAGUGCUCCACCUACUCCAGAGAUUACUGCAGGAGAACCAUCAAUAUCGAUAUAAUAACAUCCAAUUGAGUGAGCUGCUCCACAAACAAGAUGCCCAUAUAGCCGAUCUUACGGAGCAGCUUCAACGGUAUCGCAGACAAUACGAGGAACAGGUCUGCAAAGUGGAUCUGCGAAAGAUGCCGUUCAAGCAGCAGACUCGACUGGAGGAUGCCGUCGAAGAGGGUCGAGGCGAAGCAGAGGAGGACGAGGACCUCGAGGAGGAGGAAAUCGAGGACAGGGCCAAUAACAAUAAUCAACUGGAGCUAUCUCCCCUGACGAAGCCUCCAACAACCCUAAACUGUUGUGGGAGCGAAGGGGAUCUCGAAAGACUCGAUGAGCCGGAAAACAAAAGAAUAAAGCUGCAGGAAGUAGAGAAACUGGAGCACAGGCAGGUGGCUGAAGAGGAGAGUCCAUCUAAUAAUUCGGAAUCCGAUGAUCUGGAAAAACCUCAAGAAAAUGGCGAGAAAACUCUAAGUAAAACUCUUAAAAGUCCCCAGCCCAGUCAAAUCUCCAGCGAUGAGGAAAUGGAUGAAGAUGAGGACGAAGACGAGGCGGAUGAGGACGAAGAAGUUCAGAUUGAAGCUCCCCAUAGUAGUGCUCUGGCCACGCCCCCCACGGCAACAACGCCCCUUUCGCCGGAUUCGGCGGCAACUGCUGGACAAUUGUUCGAUAGCAGCAACAGCAGCGAUGAAUCCUCAAUGAAAAAGGCCCAGAUGUCCGCCUGUCAUGCACUGGAAAAAAUCAGCAAUAAUAAUGGCAGUGUGCAGAACAAUCAGAGGCUGGAGGAGGAAAGCCAGGAGGAAGAGGCGGACGAGGAGGAUCCAGAAGAAGAGGACUCCGAUGACGAUGAGAUGCCAUUGCAGCAGCGACAGCAGCAACAACGUCAGCGGGUGGUGGUUCCACAGACGGUGGUCAGUGGAUCACUUACCGCCGGACACCAUCAAGCAUCAGCACCACAUACCCCCAUGGCCACCAAGGCCAGCAAGAAGCAAACACCACCAGCACCACCCACUGCAGCCACAUCCACCACCACCACAACAACAGCGACAACGAACUGCGAGUUACAAAUCAAAAAGGAAAUAGCCUAGAGAUAGAAACCCCAAAAACCUCUCAGAGAAAAGCUCUUUCCACUCACCCACACACACACCAACACGACAAAACAGUUAAUACUUGGUUAAGAUCCCUAUUUUAUUUGGAAAGCAAAGUGCAGCCGUAACUCAAGCACAAAGCCUAGACGCACAUUUUGCCCAUUUUAGGGAUAUGACAAAGAAAGCAAAUCAUUAGUAACCAGGAAGGGAUUAGAUCGUAUUUGACAUUUUUUAGGCAAUGCUUUUCAAAGAGCCCGCUAAGUGAAAGUGACUGUUAAGCGGCAAAGUAAACUUUCUAAGAUAACUUAAAAUGUUUGGUUCUCUAGAAACAAAUAUUCAAGAUAAAGUUAAAAACCUUUUAUCAAUUUCUCAAUAUUUUUUAAAAAUGAGGUUUCUUUGAUGAUGUCAAUUAACUGACAAGCUUAAAAGCCUCAACAAAAAUAUGACAAAGGGGAAGUUUGAUUUGCAUGCCGUUUACCCCAUAAAACAAAAAACUAUUCAAAAUUUUUUAAAUAUAUUCUAAAACGCUUUUACAUAGCUUGAAUCGAUCUCACUUUUAAAAACAAACAAAAAGGACAAAAAUAAAAUUCAUCUACGCUUUCCGAUUUCGAAAAACCUUUCAGCGUUGCUUGCAGAAAUUACAAAUGAAACCAAAGCUUUAAAAAAGAAAAUGAAAUUUGUGUAUAUUAUCGAACGACCAAUUUGUGCGUGUGUUUUUACCACUUACUGCUAAACCUAAUUAAGUUAUUGUUUUUGUUUUUUAAUAAAAACUUGUAAGCUCUGCAAGACAUUUAAACCCAAAACCAGAUUCAAAGCAAGGCUUCGAAAGCAAAAUUUAGGAAAGUUUUUCUUUGGUCAAACAGGCAGCUGGUUCUUAUUAGGGGAGGAAGCUUGCACGUCGCCCUAUGGUAACCAAUGUAAUUACAUUUAGUUUAAACCUAACUUUAAGUUAAACAGACAAAUUGAAGGAGCAAAAAGAAAGAGAGAGAGAGGGAGAAAGCGAGAGCGAGAACACACAAAAUGAACCCACCACAGACAAGAGCAGAAAAUAAAUGCUAAACAAUUCUAACAUAAUUCUUAUUAAAGAAGGGAAAACCAAUUUUUAUGAAUAAGAAGUUGCCGCGUUAAAUUUAUACAAUACAAAUACGAGUAUAUGGUAUGAGUAAUAUUCAACGAUAUAUGAUAGAUGAUGAGCAGCAAAUGCGGGAUUAUUAAUUAAUGCUAAGCCCAAGCCUCCACGAGAGCGCGUAAACAUAUACAUAAACAUACAAACAUAAAGAUUAAUAUUUAUUGUAGCUGCUAGUUCUAAUUCGAGCAAUUCUCUUAAUUGUAUAAUUAUAGUCUUCUUCUGUUCUUCUUCACCUUGUAAGCUUUGCUCUGUAGGCAUUUAGUUUCGUAGAUCGUAACCGUACAACAACAACAACAACAACAACAACCACAUUUGCUAACUAGUUCUUAAGGCUUCUUAAGCUCUUCUUCGGCGGCUCAGUUCUUUGUCUAUUGUGAAUGGCAUCGACACUGGUCCUCAAUUUUUUUGUAUAUAUAUAUAUAUAUUAUAUUUUUCCUUCGACGAGAUUAACGUACUAUGGAUUUUAGUUGCCAACACUUUGUGAGAAGCGUAUAAGCAUAUGCUAGAUAUCUUCUGGAUGAUAAACCUUCUUCUGGAAUAAACCCAAGCCAAGAGCCAAGCGAAAAGAGCGCAGAGAUUUCAAAAAUCUAUAAACUUUUGUUAUUAAAAAACAUAUUUCAUAAAUUAUUUAUGCCUGUGUGUGUUUGUACUUUCUAAAAGAAAACAUUUCGUUCUGUAUUUAAGAAUACAUUUUCUAAGCUAAAAACAAAAACAAAAUUUCAAAAACGAAACAAAAACAUUUAAACAAAUUUAUAACCGAAAUUUGUCUACAUCAUAAGCUAAAAUUGUGUAAAAUUGUAUAAAUUUAAAAAGGCUAUAAACGAAACAUUUAAAACGUAAAUAAAACAUUUAUAAAUCAUUUAAAUUGAGACAUUAAACGUGAAACAAAUACAUUGUUAUGCAUAUUUAAAAAGGUUCGAUAAAAAUUGAUAUGCAACAAAAAUACGAAAAUACAAAAAAAAAAAAAAAAAAAAACAAAACGAAUUACAAUUGCUAUGCAAAGGAAUAAAAACAAAAAUAUACUUAUUAUUGUAAAUGAAUUUCUCCAAAAACUUUUGUGUUUCAUUUGCCAGACCAGAACCAGUACGUUAAUAAAUAAAUAACUUUAAACAAAUUGUAGAAGACAGCAGCAAAGCAGUUAAGUACCGAAUGAAUAGGGACGAAAAAUGGUUAAUCAAAAGCGUCGAAACGGUUUUCAGCAAAUUUCGUGUAUUUAUGGCCAAAUUUUACAAACGAUGGAAAUAGUUGAGCAUACUACAGAGACGAUAAAGACCCAAAAACAUUUUUUGUAUCAUUUUUGCUAACAACCCAAAGAGAUAAACAACAACAACAACAACAACAAAACAAACAAUCAUUUUUAUAAUUAAACGUUUAAAAUAUAUUGACAAAUUUUACAUAACCCGAGUGUUUAUAUAUGAAAUAUUAUAUAUUUAAAUUUAAAUACGAAAUAGAACGAUGCCCAGCAGAAAAUAAGAGCAUCUUUGACCCCGCUUAAUGAAUCGACUUCAAGAACUUGUUAAAAACUUAAUCGUGCAAAGGCUAAGCAACCAGAAGAACAAGAAAUCACAAAAUAAUGGCAUAAGUUAUAUAUAUAUAUAUAUAUUAAUUAUUUAAGCAUGCAGCAACAAAUCCGCGUCUUGUCAAAAUACAACAUAUACAUACAUAUAAUAAUAAUAUAUGUCUGACGAUUCAGAAUGCAGAAAUAAAAUGUACAAAUUGUGGAGCAAAUAAA